AACGCGCCCAGAUACCGCGCGCUCAACCCGUGUCCCCGAAUAUAAGUGUAGAGUCUGAGUCGCUUCGUACACGCCGCCUAGCACCGGACGUGCGGAUGAGGCUGUGAGUAGUUGCAUGGCCGGAGCAGCCGUAGCGGGUGUAGCUUGUGGACUGAGCGUAGCAGCUGUAUCUCUCGAACUGACUGUAGCGGCUGUAGCGGCUGUAUCUCAUGAACUGGCCGUAGCGGCUGAACCACCCGUCGUCACUGCACCGCGUCCCUCGUAUCUGUCCGCACCACAGUCCUCGAGCCUCGACAGCCGUACGAUUUCGCGCGCUCUUAGACGCCUUGCGCUUCUUGCGGUCCCUCGGCGAGCGCGAGCGUCCAGUGCGUGAUCUGCAACGUGAGGUAGCCAAGCGCGGUCCCGACCUCGGGACUCCUGUGUCGGGUUUCGCGGCUGGAGAGGAGCGGGGAGGAGUGGUGAGGAAAGGAAUAUGUAGGCAGCACGGACAGAACGCGAUGUGCAGCGAUCCUCGUGCAGCGAUCCUCUUGCAGCGAUCCUCUGGCAGCGAGACACGGGGUGUGGUGUUCAAGCGCCGCGCGGUAUGGCCAGGAGACGGAGUGAAGUGUGGAGGACCUGGGUUGUUUUCACUAGGUGCGUGGGCACUGCAUGGCGACUGGUAAGGUCACUGUGCAUUCAUCCUCUAUCCUUCAUCCUUCAUCCUUAUUCCUGUCUCAGCUUCGCACCGCCACGCUGCCUUGGAAACACACUCACACUCCUGGCUUUGAGGGUGCCUCUUUGAGGGUGCCUCUUUGAGGGUGCC